AUGUCGUCGCAGGCAAUUGCGACGUCGGCUAGAGGUCUGCCGGAUUUCCCAUCGUCCUCCAUUAACCUAGACGACUUCGAAGAUCAACAAUGGCCCGCUCCCUCGAACCCCCACCGACACGACUCGCAGCCACAGGAUGAAGCGGAUCAAUCGCCUGUCGAGGACGGUCAUUCUUGGAGCGAAAUGGACGCCCAACAAAGAAAACAAGCCGUUGGCAAUCUGUUGGCGGCGCUGGCACCCAUAAGCCCUGAGCAGACCGCAACUAUGGCCGACGGACCAACAACGCAUCCAGGGCUUUCUGCGGUCAAAGCCGAUGAUACGAACGGCCAGGCAAAUGCUAGUGAAUACACAACACAAGAUACCAACCCAGGCAACCAGAAUGUGAAUGCGAACGCCGCCAUCUCUGUUCCUCCGCUCCCUCCCCUCAACAAUGACGACUUCAUCGAUGAAAACGUCGCGCCACCAUUUUCCCCAUCUCUUCCUCAGGAGUCAUUUGGCCAAUCCCAAGCAAAUUUAGUAGGAGAUGACACAUUCGGCAUAGACCAAGCAGAAUCACUCGCACCAAUGGCGUCCCAGGGGCCCCUUCCCGAACGAAGAGAAAUCGAGGCUUUUGCAAAGAUUGAAUUCGAAGAUGGAAACUACUACAUAACCACAUACGCAUGCGAAUUAGGUCGCGAUGCCUUUGCGUACCGAGCUGCUUCAGCAAGAGCUGCCGAAGCACGUCAGGCAGAUCAAGAACGCGCUCAAAGUUCCAGUGGAAGACGAUCCGGUUUUCCUGAUGCGGUCUCCAGACCAGGCGACAGUCAAGUUCAAGGAAGUGUGGUCAGUGAGGCUGGUGGCUUUGGUGGUGUCGAUGAAGCCCCUUUGCCAAACGAGCCGGAUCAUAAGGAUUCUCACCACAUGCAAUCUCAUUCCUCCGAUAUGUCUGGCGGUAGUAUCGUCAAACCUCAGGAGGUGCUUAUCAACCCCCCUUUAAUCCCAUUUGACUACCACAAGACGGCAGAACGCCAAGCGCAGAUGGAGAAUCGACAGAUACGCUCGAGGCAACGUCGAACGGGAAGUGAAGACAUCGAGUCGGACACUGAGCAACCAGCGCCGGUGACUGCAGAUCAUAUUCCCACUGCUGAUAAUUGCCCUUUGAUUCCUAUCCAUGCAUGUCGCACCUUUGAACAGUCAGAGCUCGAAAACUUGAGGAGUAUUUCUCGACGACAUGUAAAGAUAUAUUGGGAUUUCGACAAGGAAUGGUUUGAAAUGAAGGUUCUGGGGAGGAACGGUGCAUUUUUGAACGACCGUUUCUUGGAACGAGGGGAAGUCAUGCGCUUACGUGACGGAUCCAGGAUUCAAAUAUCCAACGUCUGGAUGACAUUCCGGCUUCCCAGUCAGAGAGCAGAUUCAGUCACUGAAGAAUCCGAACGAGAAGAACGGGAGGCGGAAGAGAACUCGGUACCACCCGGCAGCGCAUCGCCAAUAUCUGAUGAGCUUGAAAACACUUCCCCUCCACGUGGCGGCGGCAAGACGAAGCUCAAAAUCACAUUAACAACAAAUACACCAAAACCACCCGCACCUCAAGCGUCGCCGCCAGUACCUGAACCUUUGGUCGGCCCCGACGGUCAACUCGUGCCACCGAAAAAGCGCGGACCAGGCCGGCCGCCUAAGGAUGGUAUCAUGUCUACUCGUGAACGCAAAGAAUUGGAAAGAGCUCGGAAACUGGCGGAGGCAAAGGCUGCUAAUGGAGGAAGAACACCGGAACCACCUCUUCUCAAAGGCAAAUAUCCCGCCAAACCUUCGGUCAUCAAGGAGGAGCCUCUCCCUGUCGACACCAAGCCUGAGAAAAGGAAAUACAAAAAGAGAAAGAGAUCUGGAGAAGAGGGUGAUGUGCUUCAAUCGAUCGAAGGAGGAGAGCAGGAUGUACCGAGUGAGACUGAAGAUCAACCUGCGAAGAAAGCCAGACAAUCAAAAUCCCCCUCGCCGGAAUAUCCACCUCUGGAAUCUUGGACUGAAGAGCAACUUCAAAGACCACAGGAGCCCUACGCUCGUCUUAUUUACGACAUCUUGAUGGAGAUUCAUCCACAAGCUAUGCCAUUGAAACUCAUUUAUCGAGCCAUCAAACUGAGGUACCCCUUCUAUGUUCACAUUGUCGAAUCGGAAGGUUGGCAGAGCAGUGUAAGACACAACCUGAACCAGGAAUGGAACAAGCUCUUCGAGAAAGACAAGAAGGAGGGCAAAGGAUGGGCAUGGAAGGCUAUACCGGGCGCUCUGCAACCGCAAGCCGAAAGAAGGAAGGCUGCUCAGCAAGCUGCAGCAUCAAAGCCCAAACCAAAUCCAGCACCACGGCCACAACCUCAACAAGGGCCGCCUCCGCCGUUGAAUUGGCAAAACAAUAUGUCGUAUCCCCCCAAUGGUAUGCUCCCACAAGGACCACCACCACCCUUCUUUGGGGCAGGGAACGGUCCGAUACCACCACCAAAUGGUAUGCCAUACCCACCACCAUUUGCAGCUGGAACGCCUUCAUCCAAUCCAAGUGGCCCUGGCACCCACCCUCCUGGCCAGGCGCCUGGUCAGUUCUACCCCCUCAACCCAAGUAAUCGUCCGCCAUUUCCUGGAGCAGCUCUUCAACAACCAGCAGCAAAGCAAGGCGCCGGUCGACCAUCUUCCUCCACUCCUGGAGCUUCUCCAGCUGCCGCAGCUAGCUCCUCUGCACCGAACAUGCCUUGCACGACUGCAGGUCUACUCAAAAUCCGAGAAUUCGAGGUCGCCAUGUACCAACAAGAACCCGAUGCGCGCAAGGUCCAAGUCUACCAAAGAAUAUUCGCUUCGGCUAAGCGGCGGAUGCUUCAUGGAGCGACUUCUACUUCAAUGGCAGAAGGGGAUAGCACUGAGGAACACGUCAUCAUGCGGCAGCUCCAAGCGAUUAUCAACGAGUUUAGAAACCCUAAUUUUGUGGGCUUUUCAAAUACAGGGCAUGCGGUAAAUACUCCUGUCGUUACGACUCCCGCGCUUGCUCCUCCAGCGCCUCCUCCAAGUCUACCGGCAGCUGCCACUUCUAUACCACCGGCAAGAAUCGCAACCCCGGCGGCGGCAGCUCCUGUGAACAGUCCUAAAAUUCUCAACAACGCCAGUUCUGUCAACACUGUCGGUGGGCCAAGUCCUGAAACUGGCACUAUUGCAUCCACGUCUGCUCAGAAGCAGCCCCCAGAGACAACCGCCGCAGCCCCUCCUGUCGAGGUACCGGUGGCAGAAAGCCCUGGACGAGCCGCUGGUUCUGCGAUGCAGCAGAGCUAG